AAAUUCCAGCGACAUUUUAAUGUAACAAUAGCUAUGGCAUCAAAUCCUAAAUUUUGUGGUAUAUGUGAUCAACGUCAUAUCACAAAGUCCUCAAGUGACUGGUGUUCCGAAUGUAACCAAUCUCUGUGUAUCGAAUGCAAAGAUUUCCAUACACUGUCAAAAGCUUCACAAAACCAUUCCACGAUAGCGAUAUCAAACUACUUAGCUCUUGAAUCCUCUUUUUCCAAAGUUGAGGGCCACUGCUCUGUACACGACGACAAGUACGUACUGUUUUGUCAAACCCAUGAUUGUUUACUCUGCCUUACGUGUCUAGAGGAACACACAAAGUGUGAAGACGUCGUUCGUAUCAGUAAGAUAACCAAAGAUGUCAAAACUUCUGAAAGUUUGUUAGACACUCAAAAGAGUUUAUCAGACAUCAUAUUGAAUCUUUCAAAAAUUCAAUGUGAUCUCGAGGAAAAUAUAUGCGAUAUAAAGAAACAGAAAGAUUCAAUUCUCCUGGAAAUAUCUCAGAUGAGGGAAAAGAUAAACAGCCAUCUUGAUAAAAUCGAACACGCUCUGAAAACAGAAUUAUGUAAAGAGGUUGAUAAUCAAUGCAAUAACACUAUGUAUAAGACUCUGGAAGACAUUAAAAGAAAGAAAAUAGAUAUAGAAAAAUGUCAGCAGCAAAUGAGUGACCUGGAUAGAUAUGGAUCAGAUCUCCAAAUGUACUUCGGCCUGCGGGAGAUAACAGCCAGGACAAAUACCUACGAUCUGUAUAUACAGACAUUAGAUGACGAUGGUAGCUUGAACAGAGUGACUAUUUCCUGUAAAAUUGAUAGCGAGAUUUCAAAAUUCGUUAAAAAAGUAGCGAGUUUAGGGACCAUACAGGUGCAAAAAGUUCCGAGUCAACUAAUCUUGAAGAGAUCAAAGGACAAACAGGCACAAUUAGUAGAUGUGAGAAACAAAUCUAUCAACGAUAUCAAGCUUAAGUUGGUGCAUACUUUUACAUUGAUGGGAAGUAUUACCGGAUGUUGUUUUCUUCCUGAUGGAAAAAUUGUUCUUUGCGAUCGUUCAUUAAAGAACCUUGUACAAAUAUUAAAUCAACACGGCGUAUUAAUUUUUGAAGUUUCCAUGUCCCCCUCUUAUACUUUUGAUGUUACGUGCAUUGAUGACAAAACUGUAGCUGUAUCAUCAGACAGUCCCAACCAGAAGCAAAUUGAUAUCAUAGAUGUGAAAACAAGAGCAAGGAGGUCAAUUCCUACUGCAGAUAAAUGUUAUGGAAUAACACAUAAAGAUGGAUCACUAAUGGUUUGCGUCGCAGGGAAAGGAGUACAGAAUGUCAAUACCCAAAAUGGGAAAAGCAUUUCACUUAUACCGUGUGAUAUAGGUAGAUGGUCUUAUAUUGUUACUAGUGACAAUAAACUUUAUUAUACGAAUUCUAAGAAGCACACCGUAACCUGUUGUGAUAAGGGAGGUAAUAUUAUCUGGACAUUCAAAGACGAGAAUGUUUUUAGGGAUCCUCGUGGUAUAGACGUUGACAAUUCGGGAAAUAUUUACAUUUUGAGUAACACAUGUAACAGUCAAAAUAAAUUAAUUGUGAUAUCUGCAGACGGACAACACAGUAGAUCACUUUUGUCAAAAGACGACGGACUUGUAAAUCCAUAUGCAGUGGCUUAUGACAAGAUUCAAAAUCGUAUUUGCGUUGUUAAUUUUAACGAUAAAGGAUUUUUGUUCGACUUAACAAUUUGAGAGGAGAUGGAAGUAAGACUUAUGAUUUAGUUUGUUUUUUAUAAUGUUUUGUGUGUGCAGAUGUUUUAGGGAGUUUUUGAAUGACUGAUUUUGCCUUCUUUACAUAAAUUAUCAAUAAAAAAACAAAAACGCGACAAGUAGAGAUUGAAAUUACCAAAAAAAAUUAUGAAAAAAUCAGUCAUACUUAAAAGUAAAUUGUUCAUUGUUUUAGAAGAAGGCAUGAAAUAUCUACAUGUUUUGUAAGUGCCUUACUAAAGAUUCUGUUUAUUCAAUGUUAAAUUUUCAUCGAUCAAUGUUCCAAUAUUCAUAUCAACAUAAUCAGUAAAACAAAAUGGACCAAG